AUGAACCAGGGUAAUCUCAACGGUGUAUGUGAAAUUAAGGCCCUGAAGAGGAAGCCCGCGGAAGAUCCUCGAGCGGAUGCCCAUCAAGUUCUCUCAAAGUUCCGUCCAAUGAAUGCGCGUCUUCUGGGUUCGACUGUGGGUCAUGGCGUGCACGUGAAGCUGAGGAUUCGCAGCCUGAUUAGAGCCGAUUAUAUCUAUCCUUAUGAUCAAGUGGUGGACAUGAUGCUUCACGAGCUCUGCCACGAUGCGAUGCCAAGUUCUGCAAGCUCCGGGAUGAACUUAGAAAGGUCGGUGGAGUACAAGGAGUUGAUGGCCAAGGGAAUGACUGGCACUGGCCAGGUUUUCAAUCUUCCCAGGAGGCGUCUUGGCGGUUUCUCUAAAGAGCUAUCUUUUUCAUCACUGCGGCAAACUGCUCUGGCUGCUGCAGAGAAGGGAUCAGAUUUGGGUUAUCUCCUACCAUCUGGACCGAGUCGUCUUGGCAGCGAUAGUAGCAUCUUAGUACUUAGUCCAGCACAAGUUGCUGUGAUGGCUGCAGAGAGGAGACUGCAGGAUGACAUCUGGUGUGGUUCUCGAUUCGAAGACGGUGGGGAUAAAGAAAGUAACCCUGAUGUUCUGCAAAAUAUUGAGAAUGAGAUCAAAACCCCCUCAAAAUCGAGGCAUCAUAAUGCAGGAAGUGCUUCGGAUUUGAUCUCUCAGAAAAAGAAUUCGUGA